UAAAAACACAUUUUUGACAUCUCCUAAACUGUAGGUCCACUUACCAACAACAUUUCUGUGGAUCAUUAUCAAAAGUUUCAUAAAUCUUGUUGAUAUCUUAUUUAGUUUUCAAGAUAUUGACCGAUGAACUUCAAAAAGGCUUGGCUCAGCACAUAAAUAGACCAAAAUCAACAACCAUUGGACCAAUUAUCACAGGACUUGCAGGAUAUGUCCACCCCGCUGGUAUAGCCAAGGGCAGCUUGGAUAAGGGUGCAUCCACAAAGAAAGAGGGACUCGAUCCAGCGAGCAACGGAGAGGAGAAGCCAGAUGGAGACAGUGAGGUAGUAGCCAGACUGGCCUCUUCCCCUGCAGCUGAGGCAAUGCUCAACGGCAGCGAAUGUGACAACAUGAGGCACAAGAGCCCGACACAUGGCUCUGCAACAGGAAACAAGACUUUACUGUUGGUAAAUGAAAAUGGCAUGUCAGACGCGGAGCCACCGCACGGCUCCGUUACUGGCAGCAAUGGAUUCAUUCUCAUUAAACAACAGCAGCAGGAAGGCAGCUCUGCAGCGACGCCAGGUUUGGGAGUUUCCCCUCACAGGACUAACUGGUUGCCUUCGGGCUCACCGACAGGGGGACACACGACCAAACCCCUCCCCACCUCGGCGUCUGGGUGCGCACAAAGUCCAGGUGCACUAAGGACUGACCCCAGUACAGGGGCUAUGUCAGGACAGGGGGCACCAGACACUAAAAAUGGCACAGGCCCAUCUCCUGCCCCGGCUCCAGCGCCCGUCACGAUACACAGGGCGCGCAAGACCAUGUCUAGACCUGCCGUUAGCCCGGCACAAAAGCUUCUUAACAGGGAAUUAAGAGAAGCAAAGAGUGCCAAAAUGGAGACUCAAGUUGCACCUGAUGCGCAGAAAUCCUCGCAGCAGUCCUCCGCUCAGAACCAUCUACCUCAGAGUCCUCCGGAUACGCCAGCUUCAGCACAAACAGCUCCAUCAGCUUCACCAGCAGCACCUCCACCAACUCCAGCUCCUGCAGCCACUUCAGCUCCUCCGGCUCCUCCGGCUCCUCCGGCUCCUCCAGCUCCUCCAGCUGCGGCACCAGCCAAGAUCCAACUAGGCUCUUACUCAGGAGGAUUGUCAUCCCGUAAGAAAAAGAGGAGGAUGGGAACGUAUAGCCUGGUUCCCAAGAAGAAAACCAAAGUGCUCAAGCAGAGAACUAUGCUGGAAAUGUUCCCACAGUCUGCCAAGAGCCCACCGACUAAAGAGGUAGCAAACAUUAACGGUGAGAAGGUUGAAAAUGCAUCUGAGGAGGAGGAGUCAGAAGAGGUGGAGUCUGAGGAAGAGGAACGACAGCAGCAAGCAAGUCGAACAUAUGAACCCAUCCCCCAGGCGGGUGAUGAGCAGGAAUCUGAAGACUCGGGAGAAGAAUAUGGAGAGGAGGAGGGCACAGAAUCUGACUUGAGCUCGGAGUCUAGUCUGAAGAAGAAGUUGAAAAAGAAAACAAAAGGAGACAGCGCUUGGCUCAGGCCAUCCAGGAAACGAAAAAGGAGGAUAAAGGCCAAAGAAACUGAGGAGGUGGUUCAGCCUCAGGCUUCAGCUCAGGCCCAGGCAGACGAGAAGGAGUAUACACAGAUCCCCCCACCUGAGUCUGUCAACCUCAACAAGCCCCAAGAGCCUGAUGCACCUUCUCAGAACAAAGACACUUCAGGGUCAGCAGUCGAAGAGGCUCAGGAGCUCCCACUCUGCAGCUGCCGCAUGGAGACACCCAAGAGUCGAGAGAUUCUCAUCCUGGCAGACAGGAAAUGUAUGGCCACCGAAAGCGUUGACGGACAGCUGACCCGCUGCCAGAGCGCCGUACUGAAACAUGAAAUGAUGCGUCCCUCCAACUCAGUGCAGCUGCUGGUUCUGUGUGAAGACCACCGUAAUGGCAUGGUGAAGCACCAGUGCUGCCCCGGCUGUGGCUUCUUCUGCAGGGCUGGUACCUUCAUGGAGUGCCAACCAGACGUCAGCAUCUCUCACCGUUUCCAUCGUGCCUGUGCCUCAGUGCUGAAAGGUCAAAGCUUCUGUCCCCACUGUGGAGAGGAGGCCAGCAAGGCCAAGGAGGUCACCAUCGCCAAGGCAGACACCACUUCCACUGUACCCCCUGUGCUCACUCAUGGACCUGCCACACCCGGGGCCUCCGAGGGCCGGGCGGACACCACCACUGGCAGCUCUUCUCGUCUGGCUAUGGGUGCUGAGGUCAGCGGCAGGGCUGACAGCUCACUGCCCAUUCGUUCUCCACAUGGUCUCGACCCCUCUGCUGUUCCCGGGUCAUCUAGGGCCGCAAUGCUGCAGGCCAGUAUGGGAACAACAGUGCCACCUACAGUCCCUCCAGGACCACCCAGAGAAACUUUUGAGAGCAUCCUGGUAGCUCUCGACACAGAGAAGCCCAAGAAGCUUCGUUUUCAUCCCAAGCAACUUUACCUCUCAGCCAAACAGGGAGAACUCAAGAAGGUCUUGCUUAUGUUGGUGGAUGGUAUCGACCCUAACUUUAAGAUGGAGUCUCAGAACAAACGCACCCCACUCCACGCUGCAGCUGAAGGAGGACACAAAGACAUCUGCCACAUGCUCGUACAGGCUGGUGCGAACUUGGAUAUGUGUGAUGAAGAUCAGCGGACGCCACUGAUGGAGGCCUGUGAGAACAACCACAUGGAGGUGGUCAUGUAUUUGCUGAGAGCUGGAGCCAGCGCCACACACAAGGAUGUAGAGGGGUUCACGUGUCUCCACCUAGCGGCAAAGUCUGGCCAUUACAACAUUGUUGAGCACCUUCUUACCACAGGAUUGAUCAACAUAAACUGUCAGGAUGAUGGAGGUUGGACAGCCAUGAUCUGGGCGACAGAGUACAAACAUGUGGACCAGGUGAAGCUUCUUCUGACCAAAGGAGCUGACAUCAGUAUCAGAGACAAGGAAGAGAAUAUCUGCCUUCACUGGGCAGCAUUCUCCGGCAGCGUGGAGAUUGCUGAGCUGCUAUUGAACACCCGCUGUGAUCUCCAGGCAGUCAACAUCCACGGAGACUCUCCUCUACACAUCGCUGCUCGGGAGAAUCGUCUGGAUUGUGUCACGCUUUUCCUGUCUCGAGGAGCAGAUGUGUUUCUGAAGAAUCGUGAGGGAGAAACUCCUCCAGAUUGCUGCAGCCACAACUCAAAGGCCUGGGCGGCCCUCCAGGCCAACAGGAGGGAGAGGGACGCCAAGAACGCCGGGCUCAAUCGAGCAGAGGAAAAAGCUCUUCACAGUGACAUAGCUCUGGGGCAGGAGAGAGUCCCCAUUCCCUGUGUCAACGCUGUCGACAGUGAACCUUACCCAGAUGACUACAAAUACAUCCCAGAAAACUGUGUCACCUCUCCCAUGAACAUCGACAGGAACAUAACACACUUACAGUACUGUGUCUGUAAGGAGGACUGUUCGACAAGUAUCUGCAUGUGUGGACAACUCAGUCUGCGCUGCUGGUACGACAAGAGCGGGCGUCUUCUCCCUGAAUUCUGCCGUGAGGAGCCUGCCAUUAUCUUUGAGUGUAACCAUGCGUGCUCCUGUUGGAGGACCUGCAAGAACCGCGUAGUACAAAAUGGACUCAGGACCAGGCUUCAGCUCUUCAGGACCAGUAAGAAGGGCUGGGGUGUCCGGGCACUGGAAGACAUACCGCAGGGGACCUUUAUAUGCGAGUACGUCGGUGAGAUCAUCUCCGAAGCAGAAGCAGAGAUGAGGCAAAAUGACGCUUACCUGUUCAGCCUGGAUGAUAAGCCACAAGAUCUAUACUGCAUAGAUGCCCGUUUCUAUGGAAACAUCAGCCGUUUCCUCAACCACAUGUGUGAGCCCAACUUGUUUGCGUGUCGAGUGUUCACGACGCACCAGGACCUGCGUUUUCCACACAUUGCCUUCUUCGCCAGUGAAAACAUAAAGGCUGGAGAGGAGCUUGGAUUUAACUACGGCGACCACUUCUGGGAAGUCAAAAGCAAGCUGUUUAGCUGCGAAUGUGGCUCUUCUAAGUGCAAGUACUCAUCAGCAGCCAUGGCGUCGCUGCAGGCAGACAGCACACCUGAGGACCAGCAGCAGCCCAGCGCAUCACCUGACACCAGCUCUUCCAACAGUCCCUCCAGUCCUUCUUAAAAACUUCCUCACACUAACCUUCAGUACACGUACAUAUAACUGACGGACACACAGGGAUGCCUGUCUUUAUCCUCUAUGACCUUUGAACUUUUAUCAGUGAACUUGUACUGUACCUCCACUUAUGAUUAAACCCAUGGACCAUCAACCUUCGUAAAAACCCAUAAAAAGUUGUGACAGAGCAAGAUGCACAAUCCAGGAACUUACUGCUCCUUUAUUCCACCUUGUUUAACCGGAGAGCAAGGGGCGGUGUUGUCACGCUCAGCAAACAAUAAACAGUCUUUACAUUUUGUACAUAACUUUACUGGGAAGGAUAACUGUGCAUUUAGUCUUUCUUGUCUUUUUUUUUUAAGAUAAUUUGUUGAUAGCGUUAAAUGACUUUUCUCAGAGUCAUCAAAGAAUUUCCGGGACGAGGGUAUCGUCUUUUUUGCAAAGACAACCUCGGCAUACAGCUGGGUGAUACUUGUUUGACCUUUGCGGUCAUUAAUCACGAACCAUUCCAGCAAAAUUAGCUGAUAAAUAUUGAAUUAUGUUGCCACUUUUUUGUGUCAUCUUCCUUGCAGUGUUUGAAAGGACAUGUCCAACAUUUGCCACCGCAGCUGAACAUGAAUUAACUGAAAUGAUGUUAAAGACAAAAAUUGUACAAAAAGUGGACUGUUUUUUAAUUUGCUACUCAAGUGAGUAUAGAUUGUCCAAUAGAAAGAUGCUGUAUUACUCCUCAAAAAUGAGGUGUUUCUAGUCUGAAUAAAUUGGCCGACCUUUUUAUUAAGCAUGUUUAAGGGGAUCUUAAUGUGUCAGAUAUUUUCCCACAGUUGUGGAAGAAUUGAUUAAACUGAAACAGAGUUUAAAAAAACAAGAAAAUGGUGCUCACAAAGGUUUUUACUUUUGUUUUCAUUUUUAUUACCCAAGUGAACAUAGUUUGUAAAAUAAGAGAACAUUUUAAGUUUUUUAUGUUUAGUUUUAUCUCCAGUUUUCUAAUCGUAGUUACUGUAGUUAGUCUGUUUAUAAUUUUGUUUCAUGAUUUUGCCGACAGAAACCAACCUGUCUUUUUAAAUGUUGUUAGUAAAGCAGUAUCUGUUGUGCAAACUCUUGAAAGGUAUAAAUGAAAAAAAAGGUUAUAAAAAUGCACUUCCAUUACGUUCUGUUACAUAUUCCUGGACCUUGAACCAUCCAUCUAAUUGGUUGUGUCUUUUUCAAUAAAUUUAAUACUAAUGCA